AUGGGAGGGGCGAAGAAGACAGCUGCUCAGGAAGAAGGUCGAGAUAGGGGUGGGAGGAUGGCUGGUGUCCAGAAAAAAAGCACCGCGGAGGACGAGUUGAGGCCUCUGACCAGCGAGGAAAGGGACAGCUGGAACGGCUUCUGUGAGAUUGAAAACGAACCAGCAUUAUUCAAUGCGAUACUACAGGACAUCGGCGUCAAGGGAGUCAAGGUGCAGGAAGUGGUGUCGCUGGACGAGGAGAUGCUGGCCUUCUUGCCGAAACCCAUUUACGGUCUCAUAUUUCUCUUUCGCUGGAGAGAAGACGAUCCUCACAAACAAGAACAGACUUGCCCGGAGUCACUAUGGUUUGCCAAUCAGACCGUGGAAAAUGCAUGUGCCACCGUGGCGUUGCUCAAUAUAAUCUACAACAUCGAAGACAUCGAGAUAGGAGAGGAGCUGAAGUCGUUUCGGGAGUUUACCAAAGACCUCAGUCCCGCCAUGCGAGGCUAUGCGAUUGGCAACUUUGAAUUUGUCAAAAAGGUGCACAACUCGUUUGCCAGGAAAAUGGACAUUCUCAACACAGACAUGCUGCUCAAGAACCAGCAGAAGUGGAAGGCCCGAGGAAACCAGGAGCUAGACGAGUCCGAGGCCGGGUUUCAUUUCAUCGCAUUUGUCAAGGCCAAGGAGAGGGUAUGGAAAUUUGACGGUCUCGAACGGCAACCCCAGAGUCUUGGAAAAUGCAUGGAGGAAGACUAG